GCCGCCCCCCCCCGCGCGGCAGCUCCCGCACCGGCCUCGCCGCCCCCCCCCCGCGCGGCAGCUCCCGCAGCGGCCUCUCCCCCGCGGCAGGAUGGUGCGGAAGCUGAAGUUCCACGAGCAGAAGCUGCUGAAGCGGCUGGACCUGGUGAGCUGGGAGGCGGCCUCGGGGAACCUGGCCGAGCUGCGGGUGCUGCGGCGCUACCGCCUGCAGCGCCGCGAGGACUACACCCGCUACAACCAGCUCAGCCGGGCCGUGCGGGAGCUGGCGCGCCGCAUCCGCGACCUGGGCGAGGCCGACGCCGCCUUCCGGGCCCGCUGCACCGCCGCGCUGCUGGAGAAGCUCUACGGGCUGGGGCUGGUGAGCUCCAAGCACUCGCUGGAGCAGUGCGAGCGGGUCUCGGCCAGCGCCUUCUGCCGCCGCCGCCUGCCCUGCCUGCUGCUCCGGCUCCGCAUGGCCCAGAAGCUGCGCGACGCCAUCACCUUCAUCGAGCAGGGACACGUGCGGGUGGGGCCCGAGGUGGUGACCGACCCCGCCUGCCUGGUGACCCGGGCCAUGGAGGAUUUCAUCACCUGGACCGAUUCCUCCCGCAUCCGCCAGCACGUGCUGAACUACAACCAGGAGAGGGAUGACUUCGACCUGGCCUGCUAGGGGAGCAGGGGCCCCGGGGUGCGGCCCUGCUGCCUAAUUCACCCCAUCAGCCUGGGAAGAGACUCUGGACCCAGAUAUGCUGCUCCUCAGUGCCCCUGGCCCAGUUGUUCUGUGUACCACCUCCCCCUGCAAAGGGAUUCCUGGUUCAGAUGGAUAGUAUCAGACAAGGCCCACCUCCUCUGUGAAGAGAUUCAUAGCCUAUAUGGACUGAGCCCCAGUACCACCCCCCUCCUCUGCAAAGGGGCUGUUGGCUCAGUUGUGCCACCAUGCCUGCUUCCUACCACACCUCCCUGUGAAGGGACUCCUGGCUCAGAUGGGCUGAGCCCAAUACCAACCCACUUCCUGUAGGAAGGGACUUCUGGCCAGAUGGGCUACUAAGCAGACGUCAUAAGUCACUCUUCCCCAAGCCUCUGUCUCCUCUGUGACACUGUACCCUCCUGCUGCAAAGACCAUUAGCAGAACAGGCAGAACGGUGUUGUUCUGUUGUCCCCAUUAGAGGGCCAUCUAGAAGGAACUAAUAAACAAAUGCUCUCCUGGCCGGGAAAACAAGAUAGAGGGAAACUGAAGAUUUAAAUUUUGUUGCUCGGAUGUGGUGUUGGAAGAGAUACAGGUUUUAUACUUGUCAAAGGGUUUCUCUCUCACAAUAAUCACUCUUUCAAAAAAUCAAUCAAUAGGGAUAGUUCUGUUUUCAGAAUUCAACUUCACUAGUUAUGUUAACAUUGUAAUCAGCAGCAAUACCUAAAAUAGUCCUCAUGAUUUUCUCAUGUUUAAUAAAACUGAAAUUACUUUUCUUAGA